AUGCGCGGGCCGUACACGACGAAGGAUCCAGACAAGAUCGUCAUCAAGGCCGUCUACCUGUUCAUGAACCAGUUCGCAAAGACACCAGCCAGUCAGCUCAUCUCGGGAUUCGGCACAGUGACCGACGGCCUCAUCCUGCGAAUCACGACCGAAGGCCUCUUCAUCGACGACGACGUCCGCGGCGUCCCGCAGCGCGAGUGGGACGUCAAAGCCUGGACGCUAAAGCUGGUCGAGGUAUGGUGCCCCCCGCACUGCUUGAAUUCCAAUGCUGCUCCUGCCCCUAUGAGUGCUGCGAAUCAUCCUUCGAAUUUGUUUCAAAAAAUGGCGAAUCAGCGAGCCCGUACGGCGGACAGGGGUGCCACCAGGACGCUCACGGGCGAUGAAGCCGAUGCCUACCUGACCGAGAUGUUGCGUGCUUGCAAUAGUUGUUGCCGUCUUGGCUUGUGCGACACGAAAUUCAGAGAUACUAACGUGGCAUCUUCGACCGGACAGACUGGGGAGUGGAAAACUAAGCGCCUGCAUGUCUUGCGCGCAACAGUUCGAGACCAAGAGGGCAAGCGAUACAUGUUCGUCCUGGACGAGGAAGAAGCCUGGAAGGUCGCCGUGGGCGUGCAGCGGCUGCGUAAGGGCACCCAGGUUCGCUCGCUGGGCGUCAGUGGCAUGAGUGCCUCGGAUGCUCGGGGCACGCUCGAGACCCUGGGCUGGUCAUGA